AUGCCGGUUUAUCGCACGAGGCUUAUUUACGAGUUCGCCUCCGGCUGGCAGGAGAAUGGGAACGAGGAUGAGGAUGUGGAGUUGGCGGCUUUGGAGGAGAUCUCAAAUGGCAAAACAGAAACGGAAUCUGGCAGCCAGCGAGGAAAAUGGAAAUGGCAGGAAAAUUCAAAUCACAAACUCGGUAUUUAUUUGCGAAGCGUAAAUGAUUACCACUUAAAAUGUGCUCGACUGCCACCUAAAAACCAAUUGUUGGAAAAAGCACAACCGACUUGGGGAGUGGGGUGA